GGGGCAAGCGCUUACUGGGCUUUGGGGAGGAGAGGGAGGUGUCUAGGGCCCUGCUGGAGCCAUGCACUUCCUUCCCCAAGCCCGGCUUAAGCCAACCCCGCGAGGAAGGGCGUCAGCUCUCAGGAAUGAGGAAGCAGCGAGAGGACCUUGGCCUUGAGGACGCUCAGUCUAGGCGGAAACGUGGAAGGCUGCGGCAAUGCAACCAGCCAAGAAAUACGCUGUCAAUUACAAAGGAUUUUAUUUCCAGCCAGAUUUGGUUUCACCGGAGUAUCUAGAUUCCCUGGAGGAUUUUGAAAUCAGGGACAGUGAUGUGUUUCUAGAUACUUAUCCAAAAUCAGGAACAGUAUGGACUCAAAAUAUUUUGAGCUUGAUUUUGCAUGAAGGUCAUCGAGAUGGAACUGAACACAUAGACUUACUAGAUAGAGCUCCAUGGCUGGAGGCCAAUGUCCGCAAUAUGGAUUACGUCAAUCGACCGUCACCUCGACUCUUUACUACCCAUCUACCCUACUAUUUAGUACCAAAGGGCUUAAGGAACAGAAGAGGAAAAGUUGUUUAUGUGGCCAGAAACCCAAAGGAUGUUUUGGUUUCCUAUUACCAUUUUACCAAAGCUGCACUUACACUGGAAAAAGUAGAUGACUUUGGGGUUUACAUGGAGAGGUUUUUGGCUGGAAAAGUAAUUGCAAGUUUAUGGUUGGACCAUGUGGAAGGCUGGUACUCUCACAGAGAUGACUUCAAUAUUCUAUUUCUUACCUAUGAGGAAAUGAAGAAGGAUCUAAGAAGCUGUGUCUUGAAAAUAUGCAACUUCCUGGGAAAGAGACUGACGGAAAAGGAGGUGGAUGCUGUUGUGGAUCAGGCUACAUUUAAUAAAAUGAAAGCAGAUCCCAGGGCAAACUAUGACUUUUUGCCACCAGAGUUCAUGGACUACAGCAAAGGCCAUUAUCUUCGCAAAGGCACUAUUGGAGACUGGAAGAACACGAUGACAGUCGCACAAAAUGAAAGGUUUGACAGCGUUUUUAAAGAGAGAAUGGAAAAGUUGCCCAUCAAGUUCUGCUGGGACAUCAAUGAUGAAUUAUGAGUCAGCUUGGAAGGAUGAAAUAAAGUGCAUUGUAUGCUUUUAAUCCAGGCCUAUUUUUAAGAGUUAAUUUAAAAAAACCUCUCAUGUGGCUUAAUAACUUCCUAAUACUGUAAUAUGUGCAAGAUUUUUUUAAAGCACCACAAUAGAAUUACA